GCCUCUUUGGGCCCAAAACCAGCCAGCCGUGAAAGCAGCUGCGGUCAGAGAACGAGGCCAUGCUGCAAAGACGCCGAUCAGCAGGUGUCACUUUGAUUGCACUGCUGACUCUGGUAGUUUGCAACCUUGCAGGCGACUGGCUAUUCACCUCUCCAAGAAGUACAUUGACGCGACGAGCUGCCGCGGACAAGGUGCCACCGCCACGAGAUCUAGAGCCUCAGUUGAGUCCUGAUGAUCCCUAUGAGAUGCCGCGGACUCCGGAAGAUGAAAAAGAUAUGAAUUUCUGGAAGAGUGACUUUGAUGACCUGCCAGCAGAGGAGAAGUUGAGGAGCCCUCUGGUGGUGCUUGGUUUUUUCUUCUUGGCUCUGCCAUUCGUGGCUGGUGUCUAUUACCUUGUGACCGGAGGAGGGCUAGACGAAUGAGAUGUAGGAUUCAGUUUUCAGCCCGGACUUUCAAGAUGUUCCAUGGCCCAAGACAUAUCAAACACUUACCCAGCGGACCAUCUUUGAG